AUGGAUCCAGAGAAGCCAUCAACCAUUGACAAGAUGGGCUCAGCCGAGAAAUCCACCGAUGAUGCCGAAAACCUGGCUAUAAUGGGCCAUGUCCAAAGCCUUUCACGUAAAUUCAGUCCCUGGAGCAUGUUUGCCCUAUCAUUCAGCGUCCUUGGUACCUGGAAAACCUUUGCAGUCGACCUCGCAAAUGGACUGACGAAUGGAGGACCGAUUACAAUACUUUGGGGCCUUUGUCUUGUCGCAUUCUGCAACCUUUGCGUGGCACUUUCUCUUGGGGAACUGUGUAGCAGCAUGCCCACCGCAUUAGGGCAAGCAUACUACGUUUCUCGUCUCUGGAAAUCGUCACUUGGUCGAUUCGUUUCAUAUUCCUGUGCUUGGAUUAAUGUGUUUGGUUGGUGGACUCUUGCGGCAUCGCAGAAUGUGUUCAUGACAGAGCUUAUCCUCGGAAUGAAGAUUGUGUUUGAUAAUGAUUGGACUGGGAUUAGCACGGGGUGGCUGAAGUUCGUCAUUUACGUCGGUAUCACCCUGCUGAUGACAAUUUGCAAUGUCAUCGCGUGCCGCAAAGAUUGGAUACUCCGCUGGUUCAAUAAUGCCGUCGGAGUUUGGUUCGCAGGGGAGUUUGUUCUUUUCUCUCUCGCCAUUCUUAUCGCAGUGGGCACCAAAGACGAUCUUUCUUUCCAACAGCCUUCCUUCGUCUUCGGCCAAUGGAUCAACAACACUGGGUGGAGCGAUGGUACUGUCUGGUUCUUAGGGCUUGUGCAGUCAGCCUAUGGUUUAACAGCUUUCGAUUCUGUGAUCCAUCUUAUCGAAGAAAUACCGCACCCUCAGAAGUAUGGACCGCGGAUUCUUUGGCUUUCCAUAGUCUCCGGCACUAUAUCAGGCAUAAUAUUCAUGAUAAUUUGCCUUUUCUGCAUUCAGAACCUAAAGGGAGUUUUGGAUCCUCCGUCAGGACUUCCUUUCGUGGAACUUUUUACAGAGACCGUUGGUCCUCAAGGAACGGUCGCACUUUUCGCCAUCUUCGUAUUUCACGGAAUUUGGCAAGGCGUUAGCAUUAUCACAACUGCUUCUCGCUUAACAUGGGGAUUUGCACGCGAUGGCGGACUCCCAUAUAGCAACUAUCUGACGCAUGUGGAUAGCUAUUGGAAAGUCCCAGCACGAGCCCUAUGGGCUCAGGGUGUUAUUAUCGCCCUAGUGGGUGUUCUAUACUUCUUUACGGAGGCUGCCAUCCAAGCAGUAGUGAGCGUCUCCACAAUCGCCCUGACCAUCUCAUACGGGAUCCCGAUAUUCGCGCUGGUGAUUUUCGGCAAGGUGGAUCUUCCACGGGGAGAGUUUUCCCUCGGACGUCUGGGCCCUGCUAUAUAUUGGGUCGGUUUGAUAUACUGUUGUGUUACUACCGUGUUUUUCUUCUUUCCCGGUGAGCCCUCUCCGACUACCGCCGGGAUGAACUAUGCCGUUGCGGUAUUUGGGAUUAUGCUUGUGGUUGCUAUCGGCUUCUGGUUCUCGAAAGGGAAACGCACAUAUUUGCGGACUGAGAGAGCUCUGGGAGAGAUACUUCGCGCUACACAAUUGGAAACCCAGGCUGGGCAGUAA